AUGCAGCAAAUCGAAGAGCUGGACAGUAAACUGCGUUUCUCUGCGGCUGAGGUGACUCGUCUUCAACAAGACCUUGAAAAUGUCAAGAAGCAGGAGUCGGAGCUGCGCCACGGCAAGAUCAAGUACGAAGCAGAGAUGGGGAAGGCAAGUCAAGAAAAGCUAAAGAUGCAGGAGGAAUUGGCGCGCUUGCGGGCUCAGUUGCAGCGGGAGGAGGCGAUCCCGUCUCCCGCUGUGCUGGCCGAAGAACUGGACCGGGCCUGGCAGGACCUCGAGGCCAAGGAGACGCUGAUCCGUGACUUGCAGGUGGCAGGGACCCGGACAGGUGCUCAACUGGUUGAGGCGAUGGAGAAACAGAGGCACAAUGAGCAGAUGGUCUCCAGGGUGCCGCAGCUUGAAGGGGAGAUCCAGAGCCUGCGGCAAGAUCUUUCAACGAAACUCUCUGAGUUGGCUGUCCUGAAAGAGACGCUCGCAGAGACCGAGGAGAAGCUGAGGCUCAGGGAAGAGGCUGCACCAGAGCUGAGAGCUGCAGAGCUCCUGGCCACCGAAGCAGAACGUUUAGAAGAGGAGCUGACAGAUGUUCAUGCUCAAUAUGCAACCAUGCAGGUGGAGCUGAAAAAACGUGAAGAUUUAUUGCGAGGUAUUCCUUUGGUUUUGGCCGAUUUCCUCGAACAGAUCCACCUCCCAGAUCCAGCACUGUCGAGCAGCCACGUGAGGCCCGAGGAGGCGCCCAAGUUGCUCAUCGCCUCGUUGCGACGGCUGCAGAUGGCGGUGAUGAAACGUGAUGAGGAGCUCAAAGUGGCCAGCGAGAAGAUCACAGAGCUUUCCAAGUAUGCCACUAUGUACGUCCUCGAGGUCACCAUUGUCUCCGGGUUUGGCUUGCGAGAUGCCAAGUGGAAGCCCAGCAGCAAGGGUGUCGGCCUUUCCUGUGCUGUGGAUGUUCAUGGCAAGAAGGAGCGAUUUGAAACAAAGGGCAUCCACACCGCCAAGAACCCAGUUUGGAAUCACAAAGCGGAGCUGCAGAUGUCUUACAGUGACACGCUGUGCUUUGCUGUACAGGGCGAACAGAAGUUGGGACAGGCCUUGCUACCAGCCUCUCGAGUGGUCGCGGCAGGAUCCGACGGCUAUGACGGAAAUUUGGCUUUGGAAGAGAGGGCCACUGAGGUUGCGGCUGAUGCUGUCAUCAAGGCUGGCGCUAGGGUGAAGAAAUCAUUUCCUAUAGAUGAGGCUCAGCCAGCCGCUCAGCCUGCCGCUCAGCCGAGCAGGACGAGGCCGGCGCCUGCGAAGCCGGUGAAGUCCAAAGAGGCGGCGCCACCCUCGUCUUAUUACAGUGAUUCUAGGACGGUUUCUUCCACCGAUUCUGUAGUUGAGCCAACAGUGCCUUGA